UUAUGUCCGUCUGUUGGAACAUUGCCCAUGACCUGGGAUCAGAUGAGCGAAUCGGCAAAAGCAGGUGAGAGUGCGGAAGGUUUUGUGCAUGAAGGGCAGUCGAAGCAGAGUGUCAAACCGGCAAUGCACAAGGCUAGGAGAUCGGCUCCUCUUUCUGUAAGUGACGUUAUGUUUGGGACGUUGAAAACGGAUCCUACCCCUGGGCAAGCAACGGAUUUACUCACAGGUGCAACACAGGCCAGCUUGGGGUUGUUGGCAUUCUACAGGGGAAAGAAAACACGGACGAGCUCAAGGGCUGGUGGUAAUUUGGUGAAAGCGUUCCGGGAGAAGAGCAGAGAAGUUAGGAAGGGCAUUCUGACAGUGAACCCGAAUCCUGCAGAAUCUACAGAAAUGGUGCGUCGUAGGGGUAAAGAGCGGUUAGCUCCUCGAAAGAAGUGCAUGACAUCCCUGAAGAAAGUCAUUAUGAGGGAGAGGAUGCAGAAAUUAAAGAAUGUGCGAAUAGAGCGGCAACAGGAUCGAGCAGGUGGAGAAGCUGGACGACAAGUUUGUGGUGAUCUGGAAGGGAAAGAAGUCGACGAAAAGUUCAAUGGAUCGAGAGAAGGGGAAGGAGGAGUGGUUGGGAGAGGAGGAGGAAGGGGAGAAACAGGCGGAGGAAAUGAUGAGGGAACAGUGCGUGCAACAGAGACUGCAAAUGGUCCAGAUGCGCAUGCUGUUGAUCACCAGGGUAGGGGUAGAACUGAGAUGAUGGUAGGGACAAUAAAUGUGGUUCAUUGUAGAAGCCACCAUGGAAGCAAAGGGACAGUGAGGUGGAUGGAGGAUAGCUCGGAGCUUGCCACUGCCCAGGCAAGUUCGGCACAGACUUGCCUGAGUGAGAAUGCUCAGGGAAAGGAGGACACCGUGGAAUGGGGACUUUCCAGCAGUGGUGCCACAUUGAUUGCAUCUUAUGAUGUCGACUGCUGCAAAGGCGUACACUCACGCCAAAGUACUGAUUCGCAUGAAAGGGCCGCAGUCACAGCAUGUGGGCAAUGGGAUGGGAAGCCUGGAGCACCUGCUGGGGACGCACACGAGGAGGUUGAUGAAACCGAUAGUCGGCUCUUGAAUUCCGCUGGCAUUUGCAUGAAAAUUGGCAGCAGAGGAGCUAUCCGAACCCAGAUGGUCAGGAAGAUCAAUGGACCUUGCACGUCGCCUGGUGGCUUGGAUUGUCUGGUGAGUAGUUGUACUCGAACUGGAGGAGAAUCACAUGGAGAGGGGGAAGGGGUGGGGGCAAUUCAUGGUCGCCGUUGCCGAGCUCAGAGAACCGUUCAAGACAGGGAAGAAGUAACAGAGGAAGCAGGCGAAGGAGGAGGGUGUACAUGGAAGGAGAGUCAGAUUACAGACACUAGUAGCCAAAAUUUUGCGGUGAAAAGCGGCUCUAGAGCUCUGGGAACUGGAUGUGCUGAUGGGCUGCUAGUAGGAGUGGGCGAUCACGUCGUCGGAAGCGUUGCAUCUGAUGAGGAUAAGAACUGUGAACUUGAGGAAGUAGAUAAGUGCAUGCCAAAGGCUGUAAAGAAAACACCGCCAACAUUCAUCGGGCCUGAUGUUACCAUAAGAUACUGCAAGCAGAUAAUAUCAAAGGAGUUGAACGACGUAUGUAUUGCAGUGUUGAAGGAGUUGCAGCGGCUGCAGGAGCGAAUGCAACUGAGAGACCCUGUAAAGGCGAGAAGCAAGCGGCGAUAUGUGAUUGGCUUUCGUGAGGCUGCGAUAGCGGUUAAGUUAAAGCGUGCGAAGGCAGUCAUUGUCUCUCCCAACAUCGAGGAGAUCACAUCGGAAGGUGGCUUAGACUGCAAGCUGGCCAGUAUUCUGGAGCAAGCAGCUUCUCAUGAAAUUCCAGUGGUGUUCGCACUUACGAGGGGAAAGAUAGGCAAGGUGUUUGGAAAGCGGGUCCGGAUGAGCAUUGUUGCGAUCUGCGACUAUGACGGAGUGAACGAAGCCUUCAAGAGAAUGGUGUCCAUUGCCAAGCAAGGUCAAGAGGAGUGGAAAGCAGUACAUGAAGAACAGCAGGAUAGAGAUCUGACUGAGUAGAGGUAAGGGUAGAGAAAUGAUCAUGUAAGAUAGCACAGGCCUUGUGUAGUUCUUGUGAGGCAGAAGAGCUGUAUGACCUGUAAAUGCUCCACCUUAACUUCCAUAUAUGAUAUUAGGAAAUCAACCUUUCACAUGGUC